AUGGCUGUUUUUUCGGGCUUUGGGGUCGCGUGGGAAAUCGGACCCUUUCGGUAUGACUCCCAUCUCCAUCUCCGUGUCACCACGACCAAGCAGACCCUUAAAGCAGGGUCUAUUUGGCGUCUAGCAGAGCAGAUACAUGUACACACACGGACUCGGUACGUUUCGUUCAACGUUCCCGCCUCGGCUACCGCUAGGGGGCGGGUGAUUGUUAACCACACCCCCCUUCCUGUGGCUCUUUUCUCUGCGCUCCGUCUCAUGAUCGGACUUUGCGGUUCGUCCGGUCGGAUACAAAUCGCAACAUUUCGGCUGCCGCUCUUUUGUAUCCGACCGGACGAACAAAGUCCGAUCAUGAGUCGGAGCGCAGAGGACUCCAAAUCAGAACCCAAUCACUUGUAUGACGAGUCCGCUACCUGGUGUAAUCAUCCUACCAUCCAAAAUUCCAAACCACACGCCGUUCUCGACCCCAUCGUCGUCCUGGUUGCCUUCUGCGUCGCGGCAUUCAUUGCGCCACUGCCUCAUUGCAGUUUCGGGUCAGAAUUCAGUGCUAUCAGAGACAAGAACGGCACUGAAUUACGCGCGAUGCGCUGCGAGUACGGAUGCGACUCGGAAUGUGCUGAGCGACGGCCGGCCGCGUACCUUGUCUAUUUGAGACCGCAUGCGAUGUCCCUUGUUGGACUGGGUCGGUCAUCCGUCGUCGCGCUGGCGGAACAAUCGAAUCACGGGUUCUGGAUCAUGCUAUACCAGAUCGACGCAACACCCGGGUGCGAUAUCACGGAGCUUCCCAGUCCCGAAACUUCCAUUUGCAGCGCCCUAGCCAUGCCCACAGUAACCAAGCAUCAAAUCAACGCGAUCGAGUUGGCAGCUCUUACGGAGAACGUAGGCCACGGAAUCCACGGAGUCCUGGUUGCCUUCACUUGCCUGAUGGGCAGACUGAAGGCUGAACUUUCCCCGGCAGCCCUGAGCUUCGCGAGGGGAAUAGAUGCAUGGCUUACUGAGAAAUCCGGUCUCGGUGGUCAUAUCGUUUGCUUUGCCAAAAGACAGAGAGAUUCGCAGCCUACAUUCCUUGAGCCUUGCAUGAGCAUCACGCGUUCCUUUCCCACCGAGAGCAGUUCCAGCGUGGAGGAUCGGGUGCGACCGACCCCCGAGCAGUUCCGCGAGACCUACGAUGCCGCCUUCCGAGUGUGGGCGAACCUCCACCUCGAUGCGAUCGAGAACCCUGCCUUGCCCGCGUCAUGUCUUGUGCCCGGGGACGCAUUUGGUCAGCACCCUUAUUUCCCCCCUAACCUACGAGUGCAGCAUUUGGGCGCAACCCGACAUGACGACGGGCCUCCUCCUAUCUAUGCGACUGGCUUCUCCAUCUGGGGCUCGCCGCCUUGCAAGGGUGACGUUCCCUUCCCACUCUUUCCGCAGCCGCUAGAGAUCGAACUGGCCACAGCUGAGCCUGUCAUCCUAUCCAUCGUCAGACCGGAACAAGCGAGUUUCAACAACUGCCAAUGGUUUGUCCGGGCGGACACGAACUAUAUCCCCAUCCUUGUUUUGGCCUGGGCCUAUAUUCUGUCUGCUCGCUGGGCCGAGUUAUUACCGGAAGCCUGCUGCCCCCUAACCUACACCGACAGUCAGGCAGAGCACCAAGAUGACCCGUCACAGCAGUCGCGGGGCCGGCGCGGCAGCUACGUCGACGUCGACAUUGGAAGUGCAAGUCUUGAAGAGACUCGAUGGUGGGCGGCCGUGCUGGCGCCAGGACAAGGCUGGCAGUCUCGUGUGUCCGGCUCGUAUCUUGUAUCUCCUUGGUCCCUCAUCCUGCAGCCGCAUCCGUGGUUCGUCGUACGGAGGGCGAAUUCGUCCUCUCCGCCCUCUCCGCCCUCUUCUCGCCCCCCAGCCGUGUCGUCGUCGACCGCUAUACGGUUUCUUGACCGGUUCUGCCUGCGGCACAAUGUCAUAGACCAGAGCCACGCUGCCUUGGCCACUGUCCUUCUCUUUCCACGCCUCGACAAAGAGGGAAUAUGGAAACUUUCCUAUCCCAAAAUCGGCGCCGAGACACAGCCGGCCGAAGUGGCUUCCCAUGAACAAGGCCCUGCUCCUGAACGCCAGUUACGGCAUGACUGGAUUCACCAGGAACACCGUCUCGACCAACUUCUCACCUUGAGCUGCCACCAAAGGGGUAUACGCCCAAUGCUGCUCAGUGUAUUUUAUGACCCACAAGUCGAUUGCAACCUGGUGAGCGCGUGGCUACAGGGAACAAUGGCAGCUAUCGAAGCAGCGGCUCAUGGUGGGCCGAAUGUCCUUGGACGUAUGUUUAUGGGGCGCGGCCCAUCCGUCGCAUUCCUCUGGGUUGGCGCGACCAUCCUAGGGUUACAGAAGGGCCUUUUGACGCAAGUUCGACGCGGGGAGAUACCAGCAGAUCUCCACUCCGCUGUGUGGUCGGGCACCGUACAAUCAUUCCUCCAACCACCAGUGUCCAACCCCCUUUCGGUGGACGGAUGCAUCUUACGUGCAGAUGAGUGUCGGCUCCUCUUCCUUUCUCAGUCUCGUGGUCUACCCCGUGGGGUUCCUUCCUGCCAGUGGAGACCUUUCGGAGCAACACCCGUGGAAGAUGUGGACUUGGAAGUCCGGGCCCAUGAAGAAUGCGAGAAUCACUGGCUUCAGUACCGAGGUUUCGCUUGGGACUGCAUUGACGGCGAGUGCCAGCUACAAACUCCCGAACCCGAGCCAGGGCCCCGCCCCCCGCCUCUGGAUCUCCCACCUGCCGAACACCUUAAUAGCGGACGGCAGAUUACUAUUCUUUACGACCACCUAGACACAAGGACAGAAGCUGCCUCGGUAAAAGCUACGCGCAGUGUUUUUUGCUGGCUGCGCCUCCAUGGGCAGACUCGGCAUGAAAGGGAUAUCUGGGACCAUGACUGGUUCCAUGUACCCGAUUGCGAUGAAUAUGGAAACUGCAGGGCGGAAGACGAAGGCGGAAGUCCUUCCGUAUCAGACCGACCUAUCUCACCCAUUAAGAACCGGAUGUCUGGACUAGAUGCGGCGUCCGCGGCGGAUAUCUCACCCGUCAGGAACUGGCUGGCUGAACUAGAUACCGCGGGGGGCUUGGAGGAGGAGGAAGGGAAGGAGGAGGAAGGGAAGGAGGAGGAAGGGAAGGAGAAGGGGAAGGAGAAGGAGGAGGAGGAGGAGAAAUGAUAUGAAGGCUAAUGCCACGAUACAAUAGGUUUACAAUAGCGUUCCAACUCACAUCAUGAGUAG